UAAAUGGAGAAUGGAUUACAGUGUGAUGGAGGGUACGAGACCAGAUUCACCUGAACCCAGCUGUGUCUCCAUGAAGAGCGACGAGUCAAUGGGACUGCCACGUAACUUUAAAGAUGGAAGAUGUUCUAAUUAUCUGAGGCCAAAAAAGAAGAAAUUAAAUGUUACUUACAUAGAUCAGCUGAAAUCCAUAUUUAAGGAACUGGAGCUCAAAGUCAUCAGCAUAUUAAAGAAUGAACUAAACAAGUUUAAAAAGGUCCUAAAUGAAGAUUACCCAGCAUCCUUUGAGCAGGAGGUGAAGGAUGUGGAAGAUCUGAGUAGUUUCAGAGAGGGGGCGCUAAAGAUCACACUGAAUGUUCUGAAGCUCAUGAACCAGACAGACCUCGCUAACACCCUGCAGAGGAAACUGGUCUCUGCAUAUCAGAAAAAACUCAAAUCCAAUCUGAGAGAGAAAUGUAAAAGAAUCAGUGAAGGAAUCUCCCAGCAUGGAAGCUCAGCACUUCUGAAUGAGAUCUUCACAGAGCUCUACAUCACAGAGGGAUGGAGUGGAGACAUCAAUAAUGAACAUGAGGUCAGACAGAUAGAAACAGCAUCCAGGAGACCAGCAGCACAAGAGAAACCCAUCAAAUGCAAUGACCUCUUUAAAGACACGUCCAUUAGAACUGUGCUGACUAAAGGAAUCGCUGGAAUUGGAAAAACAGUCUCAGUGCAGAAGUUCAUUCUAGACUGGGCUGAAGAAAAAGCAAAUCGGGACGUCGUCUUCAUAUUUCCACUUCCUUUUAGAGAGCUGAACUUGAUGAAGCAGGAAAAUCUCAGUCUGAUGGAGCUUCUUUAUCAGUUUUUCCCAGAAGUUAAAGUUCUGCAGUCAUUAAACUGUGAUGUUUAUGAAGUUUUGUUCAUCUUUGAUGGUCUGGAUGAGUGUCGACUUCCUUUAGAUUUUCAAAAUAAUGAGCGAUUGUGUAACAUAACGGAGUCAGUAAAAAUGGAUGUGCUGCUGACAAACCUCAUCAAGGGGAACCUGCUUCCCUCUGCUCACCUCUGGAUCACAACUCGACCAGGAGCAGCCAAUCAGAUCCCUCCUGAGUGUGUAGCCCAGGUAACAGAGGUACGAGGGUUCAGUGACCCUCAGAAAGAGGAGUACUUCAGAAAGAGGAUCAGUGAUGAGAACCUGGCUAGUAAAAUCAUCACUCACAUAAAGUCAUCAAGAAGCCUCUACAUCAUGUGUCACAUUCCAGUUUUCUGCUGGAUCUCAGCCUCUGUUCUAGAGAGAAUUCUGGAUGGAGCUGAGGGGAAAGAGAUCCCCAAAACUCUGACUCAAAUGUUCACUUACUUCCUGAUCUUUCAGAUAAAACACAAGGAACAAAAGUACCAUGGGAAAUCUGACCCUGAUCUACACCAGAGCAGAGAGACGAUACUGGCACUGGGAAAACUGGCCUUCCAACAGCUGGAGAAAGGAAACCUGAUCUUCUAUGAGGAAGACCUGACAGACUGUGGCAUCGAUGUCAAAAACACAUUAGUGUACUCUGGAGUCUGCACCCAAAUCUUCAAAAAAGAGGCUGGACUGUACCUGGGUCAGGUCUUCAGCUUUGUGCACCUGAGUGUUCAGGAGUUCCUGGCUGCUUUAUAUGUAUUUCUCACCUUCUUCAACAAAAAUAGAAAUGUGCUGGUGAUGCAAAACACUGGAUUCUUUAACAUCUUUAGAAACUAUACAAACAUGUCUGACUUUCUGAAGAGUGCAGUGGACAAGGCCUUGCAGAGUAAGAAUGGACACCUGGAUCUUUUCCUCCGCUUCCUCCUGGGUCUCUCACUGGAGUCCAAUCAGACGCUCUUACGAGGCCUACUGCCACAAACAGAAAGUAGCUCUUACAACAAAGAGGAAACAGUCAGGUACAUCAAGGAGAAUAUCAGUGAGAAUCCCUCUCCAGAGAAAUCCAUCAAUCUGUUCCACUGUCUGAAUGAACUGAACGAUGAUUCUCUAGUUCAGGAAGUCCAACAAUACCUGAACAGAGAAGGUCAUGUUCUUCACACUGUUCUUCGUCUGUCUCCUGCUCAGUGGUCAGCUCUGGUGUUUGUGUUGUUAAGCUCAGAUCAGGAGCUGGAUGUGUUUGAUUUGAGUAAAUAUUAUCCAUCACAUGAAGGUCUUCUGAAGAUGCUGCCAGUGGUGAAAGAAUCAAGAAAAGCUAAGUUGUGGAAGUGUAAUCUAACAGAGGAAAGUUGUGAAGUUCUGUCCUCAGUUCUCAGUUUAAACUCCUCCAGUCUGAAAUAUCUGAACCUGAGUAGCAAUAAACUGAAAGAUUCAGGAGUGAAGCUGCUCUCUGCUGGACUGGAGAAUCCACACUGUAAACUGGAGAUACUGGAGUUGGAUGGUUGUAAUCUAACAGAGAAAAUUUGUGAAGUUCUGUCCUCAGUUCUCAGUUUAAACUCCUCCAGUCUGAAACAUCUGAACCUGAGUAACAAUAGACUGAAGGAUUCAGGAGUGAAGCUGCUCUCUGCUGGACUGGAGAAUCCACACUGUAAACUGGAGAUACUGGAUUUGAACUCCUCCAGUCUAAAACAUCUGGACCUGGGUUACAAUAAACUGAAGGAUUCAGGAGUGAAGCUGCUGUCUGCUGGACUGGAGAAUCCACACUGUAAACUGGAGAUACUGGAGUUGUGGGAUUGUAAUCUAACAGAGGAAAGUUGUGAAGUUCUGUCCUCAGUUCUCAGUUUAAACUCCUCCAGUCUGAAACAUCUGAACCUGAGUAACAAUAAACUUAAGGAUUCAGGAGUGAAGCUGCUCUCUGCUGGACUGGAGAAUCCACACUGUAAACUUGAGAUACUGGAGUUGGCUGGUUGUAAUCUAACAGAGGAAAGUUGUGAAGUUCUGUCCUCAGUUCUCAGUUUAAACUCCUCCAGUCUGAAACAUCUGAACCUGAGUAACAAUGAACUAAAGGAUUCAGGAGUGAAGCUGCUCUCUGCUGGACUGGAGAAUCCACACUGUAAACUGGAGAUACUGGAGUUGUGGAGCUGCAGUAUUACAAAUGAAGGCUUUACUGCUCUGGCUUUAGCUCUGAAAUCAAAUCCAUCAUCACGUCUGAGAGAACUGCAACUGAACGGCAAUGAUCCAAGAGAAUCAGAAGUAAAACUGCUCAAAGAGCUAAAGGUGGAUCCACAAUGUAACCUAAAGGAACUACAGUUUUGAUUCGAAUACACAUUAAAUUAUGAGAAGAAGAUGGAGAUGAACAUUAUCUACUCUUCACACUGGGAUUCUACAUGGUGACGAUUUAUUCAGCUUAUUACUGUUAAAUCUGUAAACAUGCUUUCUGUAUAACUGUGUGCUCCUCUCAUGACAUCACUUCCUGUACAAGAUCAGCACACUCAAACCCAUCCUAAAGUGCUGAUGGACUUUCUAUACAUCAAUACUGAAGUAAUGAGAUUGGAAAGUCUAUCAGGUUACUGGUACCAUCUGUAUUAAUCUGGAAGACUGAACAGCAGGCCCGGAGUGGCUAAUCAGGAGAUUCGGGAGGAUUCCCGAUGGGCCGGCUCAUGUCAAUCUCGAGUUUGGGCCGGUUGGAUGGGAAAAAUAGUUUUGACACUUAUUUGUCACUUAUCUAAACUUCUUCUUGCAUUCAUUCUCCAUUCAUCUGACAGUGCAGCCCUACAUCGCAGUAGAUUAGAUGGGUUCUACCAUCUGAGGGAAUUCCCCCAUCCCACAUGUUUCAGUUGGUUUGGCCCACGAGGCGUCUUUUCUGGAGCGCCGGUAAAAGUAAAUAUAGCAACAGAAUAGCGCAAACCAUCAGUCGGUGGUGAUGGAGGGCAGGAAGAGGCCAGGUGGAGCCAAAAAAGCCAGGUAAAAAAAAAAGAAAGCUGCCAAAUGUGCCAAAUUAACAGACCUGUUUUCCAAAGGACAGACCCCAGUUGCAGCCGGUAAAGAGAGAUAUGGAAAUAAUUUUGUAUUGUCACUGUAAGGCUAUUGCGCAACAUUUGCAAUGUCAACUUAGUGUAGUUUAUUUUGUAGAACCCAAUACACACCAUUAAUAACAAAUAUCCAGUUUCAAGCUGAAAAUAAUCAACAUAAUUUGAAGUGUAAUAUAUUAAAUAGCCGAACUCAUGAAUGGAAUGUUUAACAGAGUCUAACAGAGUUAUUUAAACUAAGGUAGUUAUUUGUAAUGUAAAAUAUAACGUAGAGAAUAUACAGUACAUGAUAUAUGUUAAAUUGUUCAGACAUUCAGAAAGAUGUCAGCAUGAUAGCCUAAUUUAUUUUAACAAUUGGAGACAAAUAGCCUAAAUCACUAUCAAUUUUACACCAUCAUAAUAUAGGCUAAAUUGUUAAAAAAAAAAAACUUCAAGCAUGUUAUGUUAUUCAGCAAAAUAGGCUGACGCUUAAUGAAAUGUUUUUUAGCCUCAGAGCAGCAGUAAAGCAAGUCUGAUCCUGCUGGUGAACUGAGUAGACAUGGAGAGGCCAGGACUACAGAGACAGGUAGAGAGGAUAAAAAAUUAACUACAAAAACUAUUUUAUGUAACAAGUUGCACACAGAACAGAUGUGAUGGAUAGAUUCUAAAUGAUACCCAAUACCCAGAUAUUCAGAAUGCUGAAAAUGCAUUAAAAUCAGCCCAAAUGAAAUAGGUAAACAGGAACUCUUGGAGGCCUUCAUGUUAAUGUACACAGAGAAGGAAAUUCUCAUGUCUAUAGACAAUGACACCGUUAUUAAUAAAGUUGCAGAAACCAGUGCACUGUUUACUAAAUAUGUGUGUAGUGAAGCUACUUAAGAGUUUAGUGUAAACCUAACAAUAGAGCACCUCUCUGUUGAAAAGGCAAAUGCAUUUUUAAUUUCAAAUUAUUUUUAUUUCAACGUAUUGCUCCUGUACAAAUGUAAAUACGUUUUCAUCUUUAUCACAUUUUUUACCUUUUAAAUCUUUAUCUGAUUUGAAUUUGAAUUAAACAUGUUUAAGUGAAAUGUUUUCUGUUAAAUUACCAACAUA